AUGUCACUACUAAAGACAGCAGCGGUUGACUUUGAGCACGAAUGGCGCGCCAUGCAGCCGCUUCUAGCGUCGCUGAUCACAGGGGCGCCCCAGACACUCACGAACGAGACGUGGCUCGCAAUGUACUCUGGCAUUUACAAGAUUUGCACGAAUCUUGGCGCGCCGCAAGCCGAGACGCUGUUCUUCCGCUUGCGACGGCUGCUGGCGACGCACGUCGAGUCGGUUUUGCACGAGCUGCACGCGAUCGACGGCGAGCCGGCGUUCCUGCGUCGCUACUGCAGCGCGUUCGAGUCGUUUGCGACCGGGACGAACUACAUCUCGGAGCUCUUUCGCUAUCUGAACCGCUACUGGAUCUCGUAUUCGCACUGUGAGACGGGGCAUGCGCCUGUGCCGGGUGUGUAUUCGGUGACCGAACUGUCGCUUCACUUGUGGCACGACAUUGCGUUUUCGAAACUCAAGAAGCGCGUCGUGAGGGCAGUUAUUCACAUUUUCCAUACCGCCCGACGCGACCGAAGCGCGUGUUUUGAAGACGGAGACUGUAUUGCCACCACAGUUGAGACAUUCUUCAGUCUGGGGCUAUGCAGACAGGACCAGAUGAGUCUGUACCGAGAAGAGUUAGAGCAACCACUGUUAGAGGAUACAGCAAGCUACUUUGCUGCACAGGCGACGGAGCUCUUAUCCCGGGUGACGAUCUCCGAAUACUUGCGAGAAGCCGAGCUGUUUUGCGCUCAAGAGCAGACUCGUUGCGAAGAUCGAUUGCAUCGGACCACUGUUGCUCAACUUCGACACGUUUGCUGCCAUGUCUUGGUAGAGGAGCAUGCUGAUCAGAUCUGUGAGGAUGCAGAGACUUUCUUGAUCAACAACCAGAAAGACGAUCUGCGCCGUUUGUUUUCCCUUUUCUCAGAGCUGACGACCGAGAAUGCACUGACGUCGUUCAAGAACAUCCUGAAGAAGUACAUUGAACGGAGCGGUCUCGAGGUUGUGCAAAAGUUCCAGCAAGCAGACGCCACGAAAGAUCCAGAGGGGUACAUUGAAGCUCUGGUGCAAGUUCGAAACAAGUACUUUGAUUUGAUCAAAGACGCGUUCGGCUAUCACCCUCUCAUGCGGACUGCGCUUGAUCAGGCAUGCCGGACUUUUGCAAAUUCUCAUCCUCGGCUUCCUGAAUUGCUGGCAAAGUACACGCACCGCCUGAUGUCACGCGAUAAGAAGCGAGGGGCCAGUCGAGCCCUACUUCUGCCAGGAUCACCAAGAUUGAUGCCACUUCUGGAUGAUAUGAUAGAGCAGAAAAUCGAAAACAUCAGCGUCGUGUUUUGUCUAAUCGAUGACAAGGACAUUUUCAAGAAGUACUACUCCAAGUUCUUGGCGAAGAGGCUCAUCAAAGGCACUUCGGUUUCAAACGAUAUGGAAAUAUUGCUGAUUCAAAAGCUGCGCAAUACUUGCGGAUGUGAUUUCGUGUCGAAACUGCAGAAGAUGAUGAAGGACAAGAUGUCGAGCAAGGAAUUGAUGGAUUCGUUCGCUGCUUGGGUCGAAGAAAAAGACAUCGAGCUGCGCGCCGAAGAAGCCGCUAACGCCUCCGCCAUUGACUUGCACCACGUCAUAACUUAUCGCUGUGAUAUCCUCACAGCCGGAGCUUGGCCCAUAUCGAGUGCAGCCGCCGAGCACAAGAUCUUUUUGCCACCUUCCAUGGAAGCACAUACCCGUCUGUUUACAAAGUUUUACACCGAAAGGAGCACGGGGCGAAAACUCUUGUGGAUUCACAAUCUCUCGUUCGGGAUGGUUCAAAGCCGUUGUUUCGACAAGCGCUACGAGCUUUUACUAAGCUUUUACCAGAUGCUAAGUCUCGUACAGUUUAACUACGCAAAGGAGAUCAAACGGUCCGAGAUCAUCCAGCUGACCAAUAUCCCGGAGCAAGAGUGUACCCAUCACAUGGCUAGUCUUGUCAAGGCAAAGUUGCUCACGUCAGACGAUGCUGCGGACCCGACGUAUGCCAUCAACUUCGGUUUCACCAGUCGAAAACUCCGAAUUUCGGCUAUUCCGAAUACUCCAGUCGAGUCCCCGAAGACAGUCAGAGCUCCAGCCCACGAGAUUGAAGACGAUCGGAAGAUGUCGCUGCAAGCUGCAAUCGUGCGUGUUCUCAAGACACGUCGAGACGUUCAUCAAGCGCAACUGGUACAAGAAGUUACCGAGAUGCUUCUUCACCAGUUCGUGCCCACCAGCACCGCAAUCAAGCAGAAUGUCGAGAUCCUCAUUCAGAAAGAGUACCUGCGCCGUCACGACGUCGACCAGGCGAGGUUCGUUUACGUGGCUUGA